AGAAGAGCAAGAGGGUUAUAAUGGAUGCUGAUCAAGGUAAGAGAAAACGUGUCGUGGAGGACGAAGUCAAUUUGGGUGUCAAGCCAAAAAAAAACAAGGUUCAGAAGGCAGAAAAAGUUGAAAUUCCUGACAAAGUUUGUAAGGCCAAAUCGUGAGGACUUCUCUACUGGUUUCUUCAACAGCACAGGGAAUAAGUUUAAAAAUAUCUCUCCGACAAUUGAAGAGCUAAGGAGAUUUACUUUUCCUGUUGAAGUUACCGAUGAGUAUCAGAAAUAUUUGACAUCACGUAACAGGGAAAAACUUCCUAUUGAUGAUAGCGAUGAUUUUGUCACGCCACCCCCGAAACACAUUAAGGAGCCUGUCCCACCAAAAAAAGCGCCAAAAAAUGCGCCACGUGUCCAACCUGUUGAUAGUGACCGUGAGUUGCAGAAGUUGAUAGCUGAUGUGAAGCAACUCCAUAAGCAGUUAAAUUCCUUCAUGGAUUAUGUUGCUGAUAAAUUCAAGGAGCUCUUUGAGUUGAUAAAUUUCAAGCUUGGUGCAAGCGAAGUCAAAUAUGGUGCACAUCCAGAGGAAGACACCAGUGGUCGUCAAGACAAUAAUAAUUUUGUGAGCAAUAUGGAGUUUGGUGGCAAUGAAGAUGCUGAAAUGGAUGGUUGUCAGGUCGGUGGAAGUGAAGGCAAAUAUGUUCCACAUUCUCAAAUAGAUACUAGUGUAGCAGAUCAGUUAGGUGUCAAGCUAUGGAAGGACCUUCUGGUGUGAAAGUUGACAUGUUUGUUGCUAAAGUAACUUUCACACCAGAUGUAGCACAUGCUGGCGUUAUUUGUGAGAUUGCAGAUGCGGCGG